UCCACCACCACACCACCGCCGGCGCCGGGGGUCACCUACUCUACUCGUUCGCCUCCCCUCCCUUUCCACAACCGCAGCCCAAGGCUUCUAGAAGCAACCGCCGCGCUCGCGCGCGAGCUUAACACCUCCCUCCCGCCAUCGCUCCCCCCUCCCACUCUAUACGCGAAGCUCCACGCCCACUUAAUUUGACGAAGCGUGGUCGAGGGCGCGCGUCGCGUCGCGUCGCCAUGGCGCUCCUCUCCGCGACUGCCCCCGCCAAGACGCGCUUCUCGCUCUUCUGCCACGAGGAGGCGCAGCACCACCCGCCGCUCCAGUGCUCCGGCGGUGGCGGCAAGAGGCAGCGGGCGGCGCGCGCCAGGGUGGCUGCGGCGGCAAUGUUGCGGCCGGCCGACGCGGCCGCCGCGCACACGCCGUCGCCGGCCGGCGGCGCCGCGGGAACGGGGAGGCCGCGGGUGCUCGUGGCCGGCGGCGGCAUCGGGGGCCUGGUGUUCGCGCUGGCGGCGAGGCGGAAGGGGUACGACGUGACGGUGUUCGAGCGGGACAUGAGCGCGGUGCGCGGCGAGGGGCAGUACCGCGGGCCGAUACAGAUCCAGAGCAACGCGCUCGCCGCGCUGGAGGCCAUGGACAUGUCCGUCGCCGAGGAGGUCAUGCGCGAGGGCUGCGUCACCGGCGACCGCAUCAACGGCCUCGUCGACGGCAUCUCCGGCUCCUGGUACAUCAAGUUUGAUACGUUUACUCCUGCAGCUGAGCGAGGUCUCCCAGUUACAAGGGUUAUUAGCCGCAUGACGCUGCAGCAGAUUCUUGCUCGUGCGGUUGGCGAGGAUGCUAUAAUGAAUGGUAGCCACGUUGUUGAUUUUAUAGACGAUGGCAACAAGGUAACUGCCAUUUUGGAGGAUGGCCGGAAAUUUGAAGGUGACCUUUUGGUUGGUGCUGAUGGAAUAUGGUCAAAGGUGAGGAAGGUGCUUUUUGGGCAUUCAGAAGCAACUUAUUCAGAAUACACUUGCUACACCGGAAUUGCAGACUUUGUACCUCCUGACAUUGACACAGUUGGGUACCGAGUAUUUCUUGGUCACAAACAAUAUUUUGUCUCUUCAGAUGUCGGUGCUGGUAAAAUGCAGUGGUAUGCAUUUCAUAAGGAACCUGCUGGUGGCACCGAUCCUGAAAAUGGCAAAAAGAAAAGAUUGCUCGAGAUAUUUAGUGGUUGGUGCGAUAACGUCGUUGAUCUGAUAAAUGCAACUGACGAGGAAGCAAUCCUUCGCCGGGAUAUAUAUGACCGACCACCAACCUUUAACUGGGGGAAAGGUCGUGUCACCUUGCUUGGUGACUCUGUACAUGCUAUGCAGCCAAAUCUGGGUCAAGGUGGCUGCAUGGCUAUUGAGGAUGGUUACCAGCUGGCUGUAGAGCUUGAGAAGGCCCGGCAGGAGAGUGUUAAGUCUGGAACUCCUAUGGAUGUAGUUUCCUCCUUAAGGAGGUAUGAGAAGGAGAGAAUACUACGGGUUUCUGUUAUACAUGGUUUGGCAAGAAUGGCAGCAAUCAUGGCUACUACUUACAGACCUUACUUGGGUGUGGGUCUAGGACCAUUGUCGUUCUUGACGAAGUUGAGGAUACCACAUCCUGGAAGAGUUGGUGGGAGAUUCUUCAUCAAGUAUGGAAUGCCUUUGAUGUUGACCUGGGUUUUAGGUGGAAACAGCUCAAAGCUGGAAGGAAGACCAUUGAGCUGUAGGCUUUCUGACAAGGCAAAUGACCAGCUCCGUCAAUGGUUUGAGGAUGAUGAUGCAUUGGAACAAGCCAUGGGUGGAGAGUGGUUCCUCUUCUCUACAAGUUCUGGAAACACCUAUGCCUCGCAACCCAUUCGGUUAAUCAGGGAUGAAAAGAUGUCAUUCUCCAUUGGAAGCCGGUCAGACCCAAGCAAAUCUGCUUCUUCCCUAUCAUUGCCCUUGCCACAGAUAUCAGAAAGCCAUGCUACUAUCACAUGCAAGAAUAAGGCCCUCUACUUGACUGAUCAUGGAAGUGAACAUGGUACAUGGAUUACCGACAACGAAGGUAGACGCUAUCGCGUACCUCCGAACUUCCCUGUCCGUUUCCAUCCCUCGGAUGUCAUUGAGUUUGGUUCAGAUAAGAAGGCCAUGUUCCGUGUGAAGGUCAUGAACACGCUCCCAUAUGAAUCUGCAAGAGGAGGGCAGCAAAUCCUGCAGGCCGCAUGAGUGGUUCCUGUUUAUCAUCAGCUACUGUACAGCAUCCAGAGACAAGAUGAAACGAGACGUGAAAGAAACAAGUGAUUUUUAAAUUUAUGCAGGUUCCAAACAGGAUUUUGAAUAGGUUUCUGACGGAUUGAAAUUGCAGUUCUCCAUACAGAAACUGAGGUGUACAAUAGCCAAUAGGGAUAGGCAAUUUUAGCUGUUGCCUAAUGUAUAUUUUUUGAGAAUACGCCGUUGCAUAAUGUAUAUACAUUGUUGUGACAUUUCAUCAAGAAGGCAGAAUGUAAUUAAGGCUUGAACACAACUAUGCAAUAGAAAAGGUAGCUAAAACCGCUUCGUUUGGAAA